UAAAUGAGUAAUUUUUUCGACUGUAAAAAGUAAUUUAGAAAAAAUAAAUAGAGGAAAAAAGAGAAAUACUCAUAAAUAGGAAAAAAACACGAAAAUAAAACCAAGAAAAAGAAAUCAAAACCAGAAAUUAGAAGAGGAGAGAGAGAAAAAAAAAUCUCUCACACAGAUUUGCCUGCUCCCCGUCUUCUUCUUCUUCAUCUUCUCUUUCUCUGUACAGACAAUCACAUACAAACUAUACAUACAUCAAAACCCUAGUUUUCUCCGUCUCUCACCCCGAUUCUUCUCCUCCCCAAUCAAUCGAGGGCUUUUCCUUCACCCCCAUUCCUCGUUCUCGAGCCCUCAGUCUCAUAUUUGAAAUCUCAAACAUUCAUUCAUGUUCUUGUAGAUUUGUACUCUUAAUAAGAUUAUGUACAGUAAUCGAGGCGGAGGCGGUGGGGGAGGGGGAUCAUCCAAGUCGGAGAUCAUGGGUGGACCUCCGUCGUCCUUGGAUCGGAAGCGAAUUAACGAUGCUCUGGAUAAACACUUGGAGAAGUCCUCCCCGUCCACCUCUCGGGGAUUGAAGGAUAAAUCUUCAGCUGUUUCCGGGUUGCCCUCUACCUCGUCUGCUGGUAUUGGUGGCCACGGAAAGUCGCAUCAGUUCGACCACCGCGAUAAUCGUUCUUCGGCUACUAUGAAUACCAACAAGAUUAAAGGCUCUGAUGAUGAAUCUGAUACGGACAGUGAAGAAUCUGAUGUUAGUGGUUCUGAUGGGGAUGAUACAUCGUGGAUUUCCUGGUUUUGCAACUUGCGAGGGAAUGAGUUUUUCUGCGAAGUUGAUGAUGAAUAUAUCCAGGACGACUUUAACCUGUGUGGGUUGAGCAGUCAAGUCCCUUACUAUGAUUACGCACUUGACCUAAUUUUAGAUGUUGAAUCCUCUCAUGGUGAUAUGUUUACUGAAGAACAGAAUGAACUGGUUGAAUCUGCAGCAGAGAUGUUGUAUGGUUUGAUUCAUGUGCGGUAUAUAUUGACCAGCAAGGGAAUGGCCGCGAUGCUUGAGAAGUACAAAAACUACGAUUUUGGGAGAUGCCCUAGAGUGUAUUGCUGUGGGCAGCCUUGCCUUCCUGUCGGUCAGUCUGACAUCCCUCGAUCUAGUACUGUGAAGAUUUACUGCCCCAAAUGUGAAGAUAUAUAUUACCCACGGUCAAAAUAUCAAGGCAGUAUCCUUACAUAGAUAUUUUAUUUUAAAACUUAUCUGUUUAUUCUGCAAUUGAGUUUUGUAUAUUCUGGAUUCUUGUAUUCUUUUAUGUUACUCCCUCCAUCCGAGCAAAAUAGUCCAAUUUCUUGAACUAUUUAUUUUUCUCGGAUGGAGGGAGUAGUAUAAUAUUUGGCUCUUGAACAUUCCUUUUUUUUUUUUUUGGGUACUUACUGCUGAUCUAUGCUGAUCUAUGCUGUGUUGAUUAUUUAAGCAUAAUUUUGUAUUCUGAUUCAAUUGGUUUACCUUAACUGUGAAAAGACAUUGAUGGUGCUUAUUUUGGAACAACAUUCCCUCAUCUCUUUUUGAUGACUUAUGGUCACCUGAAGCCACAGAAAGCGGCACAGAACUAUGUUCCCAGAGUCUUUGGUUUCAAAAUCCACAAGCCGUGACAACGAUGAGAGUGGUUCCAGUACUUGAACUCCCGAUCCUGGUUCCAGUGGUUAUUAUCAUCUGGUGCCUUCCAGGCUUCCACAAAUGCUUCCUGGUUGUAUGAGGCCAGGUAAAAGAGCAAAAUUGCUCGAAAUGUGCAAAUGGAUCAAUUCAACCUUUAUGACAAGCAUACUUUGUCAAAGAGUAAAUUUUAUCCCUAUAUUUAACAGUAGCACAUCUUGUAAGCUUAUUUGUUUCUUGGGUGAGAAUGAUGAAGUGAUUUUUCAUUUCAAGUUUCAUUAUUUAUCUGUCUUUUCGUCGCGAGAGUUAGUUUACAAUUUGUGUAGAAGCAGCAGCUAUUGGGAUUCUAGAAAAUCGCCCUAUGCUUCAUAGCUCUUUGGUAUUGUCGAUAAGCUUUGAAGCCAAUUUUCUAAAGCCAUCUCUUAGAUGCGAUUUAGCGAGAAUCCUUGUAGUUGUAGGAGAAUCUUUACCUAUUCUUACUUGACGCUCAUUCUACUGUACUCAAUUGUUAUUUUAGCUGUUUUAGUGACGAUACUUUGAUAUAACCAGUUCAUUUGUUUUAGUUACUACUAUUUUUUGCCCCCUCCCUUCAUUCAGCAGUGUUUGUUGAAGUUAAGGAAAUUAAUUUAAUAAUUUUCAAGUUAAUAUCGAUGUGAUGUUUUGGUUGAGCUGUUGUAUGUUGAC